AUGUUCAUCGUAUCCCAUUCAAGUUCGUUAUUGUUUGAACUGGAGAUUGAUAUCUCACUGGAACACCUGUAUUGGGCUAUUUAUCAAUUCUCCGAAAGUGAGGACUCAGAACUGAGUCAACUGAGUGAGUUGAGCGAGUGAAGGAGAAAGAGAUGGCGUUUACGUUGAGAAGCUUGAAGGUGCCGCCCAACUCGGCGAGUCUGGAGGAGGCAAGGGCUCGAGUGUUUGAUUUCUUUAGAACGGCUUGCAGAUCCAUUCCUACCAUAAUGGACAUCUACAACUUACAGGACGUCGUUACCGUUUCCGAGCUCCGUUCCAGCAUCGCCUCUCAGAUCCGCAAGAACUCCAACGUCACCAAUCCCAAGGUGAUUGAUAUGCUGCUAUUCAAAGGAAUGGAAGAGCUGAACAACAUUGUAGAACAUGCAAAGCAGCGUCAUCAUAUUAUUGGCCAAUAUGUAGUGGGUCAGCAUGGGCUUGUGCAGGAUUUGGACAGUAAAGAUCAAGGCAUGUCCGACUUCCUCAAGAACUUCUACAAGAGCAACUACUACUAAACUUCAAUGUUUCGUGGAGGUGCCUCUAUUUUGUUUCCUUUUUCCUGUUGGGAAUGGAUUUUCCAAAUAAAAUACUUAUGGUCCACUUCGCUGGAACCAAAUUGUUACCUUUUCAUAUUUCCUGUUAGAUUUCUAAAUCAAAAAACUGUCAUUUGCUAUUGGUGGUGAAAGUUGUUCAGCUGUCAGAAGAGUACCGUUUCUA